AUGCCUUCCAAAGUACAACGUGCCAAGAAGGUUCUUAAAACCCUGUCUCAACCCAGCUCCAGCUCCACUAGCAUUGUCAAUUCGCAGUCUAUUCUAUCUGAGUCAGCGAAUUUCGAAAAUAUGUCGGCAAUGGAGCUUAUAAAAAAUAUUAUGGAGCUUAAUAGAGACCCAGCCAUUGAGAACAUGCUCAUCGCCCUUGCAGAGAAAAUACCUAAGGAGUUUACGGAUUUCCUUGAGAGCGAUAAGCGUGAACGCAGUAUAGUAAUUGCGGUCAACCCAAUCAAAGCCGACGUUCUCUGCCUGGAAAUUUUCAGUCCUCCUAAGGCCACUCAUUUCCGGUUCACCGUAGUGUAUCGUCCCCCGAACUCUACAAGGCGUGAAGACGAUGGUCUUGUUGAUGUUCUUCGUGAGAUGGUUUCCGCUCAGGUCAACUCUAUAAUUGUGGGCGAUUUAAAUCUACAGGUUGACUGGAAAAACCUACGUGCAGAUAACGCUUCCUCAGCUGCCUUUCUGGAUUUCUUCCAAGAAAGUGGUCUCGAACAACACGUCCUCCAACCAACGCAUGGCAGCAACACCCUUGACUUGGUAUUGUCCACUUCGCACAGCAUACAAAACGUGUCACUUCUUCCUCCUCUUGCAAUUCCGACCAUGCCUCCGUUCGCUUCGACUGAUUGGCUCGGUCUAUUCAACAACUACGUUUCCAUGGACGACAUUUAUCGGAGAUUCUGCAAGACCGUCUACAAGGCGUUGACCUUAUUCGUUCCACUGAAGUUUCCUCAGCGUCGCCCUAUCAAGUAUCCAUUGCACAUCAGGAAUUUGUUGGCUCAGAAAGAACGCUUAUUUCGGAUCCUGGAUAAUCCCAUGAGUUGCCCGCUAUACAGGAAAGUUUGUAGGGAUGUGGAUUACCACUUAAAGAAGUUCGUAUCCAAUCUUGAACGCCAUCUCGGUAACCAAGCUUCCUUGAAGCGUUUGCAUCAGUACGUUCGCUGCAAGUUCAAAUCCAAGACACCCCUUCCCACACUGAAGGAGCGAAGGCUCAAGCACCAGGUAAAUAUUUCGCCAGUGUUUUCUCAGCUCCAGUUUCUUCUACAGGAGUCCUGGAGUACGGUGCGGCUAGUUCUCAAAGCGGGGACUUUGAUAUUUAUUUCCACCCCAGAGAUGUCUAGACAGUUCUUAAGCCUUCCCUCAGUGAGCCUUUUGAUGGCAUUCCAAAAAUAA